AUGGCGGCCUCUUCCUCGAAGGUCGAGACGAAGCGCUACGUACGACGGGUGAAGUCAUCCAUCUCCGUGUCCCCGAGUCUGGAGCUACACCACGAGACCGACCAGACCUCGCAUUACCUUCCAGGCUACAAAGAAGACCCGAACCCACGGUCAGGGCUUCACUUAAAGUGUCUUAAGGAUGCCGCACCAUCAGCGCACUACCACCACACCAUCAACAUCAGCACACCACCACCAGCACCACUACAAACCCGUCACCACCACCACAUGCUCCACCACCAGCUCCACCAUCACAUCACCAGCACACUACCACCACACCAUCAACAUCAGCACACCACCACCAGCACCACUACAAACCCGUCACCACCACCACAUGCUCCACCACCAGCUCCACCAUCACAUCACCAGCACACUACCACCACACCAUCAACAUCAGCACACCACCACCAGCACCACUACAAACCCGUCACCACCACCACAUGCUCCACCACCAGCUCCACCAUCACAUCACCAGCACACUACCACCACACCAUCAACAUCAGCACACCACCACCAGCACCACUACAAACCCGUCACCACCACCACAUGCUCCACCACCAGCUCCACCAUCACAUCACCAGCACACUACCACCACACCAUCAACAUCAGCACACCACCACCAGCACCACUACAAACCCGUCACCACCACCACAUGCUCCACCACCAGCUCCACCAUCACAUCACCAGCACACUACCACCACACCAUCAACAUCAGCACACCACCACCAGCACCACUACAAACCCGUCACCACCACCACAUGCUCCACCACCAGCUCCACCAUCACAUCACCAGCACACUACCACCACACCAUCAACAUCAGCACACCACCACCAGCACCACUACAAACCCGUCACCACCACCACAUGCUCCACCACCAGCUCCACCAUCACAUCACCAGCACACUACCACCACACCAUCAACAUCAGCACACCACCACCAGCACCACUACAAACCCGUCACCACCACCACAUGCUCCACCACCAGCUCCACCAUCACAUCACCAGCACACUACCACCACACCAUCAACAUCAGCACACCACCACCAGCACCACUACAAACCCGUCACCACCACCACAUGCUCCACCACCAGCUCCACCAUCACAUCACCAGCACACUACCACCACACCAUCAACAUCAGCACACCACCACCAGCACCACUACAAACCCGUCACCACCACCNCAUCUUUUACGCUUCAUGA